AUGGCAUCUGUUGCGACCGAAUACAUCAGCGUUGGUGGCAAUCGCCACCCUGCCGCCGCCGAUUGGGAUGUUGAGUCGGGUGUGCUCGCCUUCGGUGCCGACAACAACGUUGCUUUGUGGAACCCUCUAGAGCCUUCCCAGCGCGGGGUCUAUUCCCUGCUUGUCGGUCAUACCGACAAGGUCAGCGUGGUUAGAUUUUACACAUGCCCCUCCUCGGGCGCCAAACUUCUUCUAACCGGCUCUGUCGACCAUACAAUCCGGAUAUGGCGGUUGGACGGCCCCGGAUCGCACAACUACAUCUAUGCACAUACCCUCAGUGGACACACGGGAUCCGUGAAUGCGAUUGGGGUGGCCGACGGUACGGACGUGAUCGCGUCUGGAGCGGCCGAUGGGACUGUUCGGCUCUGGCGAGUUAAUGCGCAGGGAGAGGUAAAUGGGGAUCUGCUCGAUACGAUUAUGAUGAAGCCUCGGUUCUUCCCUCUGUCUCUCUCGCUGCGCGUACUCGAAAAGGACCAGGGCCGGCCCUUGGUUUUGGCAGUUGCGGGCACCACGACCACAGUGCAGAUUUAUGUUGCGGAAUCAUCUGUUGAAACACCCAGUUUCCAGCGGCGCGCUGUGCUUGCAGGUCACGAGGGCUGGAUUAGAUCUUUGUCGUUUACACGCGACUCGGGAAGCACUACCGGGGAUCUCUUGCUCGCCUCUGCCAGCCAGGACAAGUAUAUCCGGCUUUGGCGCUUGCAACGGGGUGAAGCGUCUUUCUCUUCUAUCAUUGAUGAAGCCGACCCUUUGCUAGGCGGCAUGGAGCCCACCCUCUCCAACAAGGCUCAUGAGUUUGAAGCUGCUGGGUCGAAAUACUCUAUCACAUUCGAGGCUCUUCUUUUCGGGAACGAGGACUGGAUUUACACAACUGCCUGGAACCCCGAUCCAACGCGGUCACAGCUUCUUUCGGCUUCCGCUGAUAACACCAUAACCAUCUGGGAACAGGAUUCGGUUUCGGGUGUUUGGAUGUCUCUUGAGAGAAUGGGCGAGAUCAGUGUGCAAAAGGGGUCAACUACGGCCACUGGUAGUGCUGGUGGAUUCUGGAUUGGGCUCUGGUCUCCGGAUGGCAAGGAGGUAGUGAGUCUUGGCCGAACAGGAAGCUGGAGAGCCUGGAGAUAUGAUGCCGAUGCAGACAUCUGGGUGCAGAAGUUUGGCAUUUCAGGCCAUAUACGUUCAGCCAACGGUGUUCAAUGGGAGCCUACCGGUGGCUAUCUUCUGUCAACCAGUGCGGACCAAACCACUCGUCUCCAUGCGCAAUGGAUUCGUGAGAACCAGUCGUCGUGGCAUGAGUUCUCUCGCCCGCAGAUUCAUGGGUACGAUCUGAACUGCGUCGACACGUUAGGGCCUGCACAAUUUGUUUCGGGCGCCGACGAAAAACUGCUUCGCGUGUUCAACGAGCCGAAACAGAUUGCUCAAUUGCUCGAGACCCUCACCGGAUUCCGGCAAUCCAUUGAAGCUGACAUGCCGGACACAGCCGAGAUUCCGGUCUUGGGUCUCUCCAACAAGGCUCUUGGAGACGAGGCUCCAGUCCAAGAAGAGGAAACUGGUGACCAAGCAACUAAAACGGCCCCGUCCACAGCACCAUUGAUCAUGGACUACCCUCCACUGGAAGAUCAAUUGGCUCGGUACACAUUGUGGCCAGAACACGAGAAGCUUUAUGGCCACGGCUAUGAAAUUUCCGCGGUGGCUGUCAGUCAUGACCGAACUCUUAUUGCUACCGCUUGCAAGGCGAGCUCAGUCGACCACGCCGUGAUUCGUCUGUACGAUACGUCGGACUGGCACGAGAUCAAACCUUCACUGGCUGCUCACGCAUUGACUAUUACGGACCUCGCAUUCUCCCGGGAUGACCGCUACCUUCUCAGUGUUGGGCGAGAUCGACAGUGGGCUGUAUUCCAACGGAGUGAACAGGAACCGAACACUUUCACUGUCUGCACUUCGAACCCGAAAGGUCACUCUCGAAUGAUCCUGGGAGCAGCCUGGGCACCGUAUGCGAAGACUCCGGUCUUCGCUACUGCUGGGCGAGACAAAUCAGUCAAGAUCUGGGAGAGAACCGAUGAUACGUUCAGUUGCAAGUCGACUGUGGCUGUGACGUCCGCAGUCAGUGCAAUUUCUUUCUUGCCCGUUAUCUACAAGGACACAUUCGUGUUCGCAGUGGGCGAAGAUAAUGGAACGAUAUCCAUCCACUGCGUUGCGAGCGACAGUCUGGAAUGUCGACACAUCGUAACUGUUGCUCAGAAUCUAUCGCCUUCGAAGACAAUCACCUCAUUAUCAUGGCGGCCAGUGCCUGUGGAGGGAGUUGACGGUAGGAGUACGUUUGAGCUUGCAGUGGCAAGUGAAGAUACCUCUGCCAGGAUAUAUAGUAUCUCGAACAUGUUGUCAUGA